AUGGUAUUGAGAUUGAGAGAUGAAAGUCUCAUUUUAUAUAUUCUUCCUAAUCACCUUGAUCCAAGAUUCAACUAUGAUUUCACAAAUAUAAAUGAUAAUGGAAUGAAUUUUGAACAAGGAAAUUUUGAAUACAAAUGUCCUUGUGUUUCUUAUCAUGGAACUACCAAACAUAAUUGUAAAUCUAUUGCUGAAGGAGGUUAUGAUUUGCGCAAAUUUAAACGAUUCACAUUUGAUGGAAAUUAUUUAACACCAGAUAUUGACAUCGCUACUCAAUUCAUUCAUGUGGAAGAUAGAUAUCAAGUUGUAUUUCAUAAUCGAGUUAAUCCAAAUAAUUUAGUUAGACUUACAAAGAAACUAGUGUUGGUGAAUAUUGGAUUUCACACGUCCUUAUGUCAACAACUUUUGGAUAAUCAUACUUUAGAAUCUUAUAAUAUACAAAAUGGAUCAAAUAUUCAUUUACUAAUGAAAUUACAAGGUGGUGGUAUUCCCACUUUAUUAUAUCUUCUUCCUAAUCACCUUGCUCUGGGAUUCAAUUAUGAACUCACAAAUAUUAAUGAUAAUAGGAUGACAUUUGAAUAA